AUGCCUCCGCUACUUCCUUCACAUUCUGCUGUGAGCCGAGUAACAGCAGUCAUUCCCACUUUGACUCGAAGCGCAACUACUUCAGCUGGUACAGCAGUCACACCUAACAAACCACCUCCAUCAAAAGAUCAUUAUGUUCAUACGUACUCACCUGAAGCGUUCCCAUUAGGAUAUAGCGUUUCUUCCACUCAUGCUGGAAUCAAGAAGAAAUCAGGAGCGUUGGAUCUAGGUAUAUUAGUCUCAACCUCUGAUACACCCACUUCAGCUGCUGCAUGUAUGACAAGAAACGUAUUCAAAGCUGCUCCAGUAACCGUUACAUCUGAGUUACUUCGUUCUUCAAAUGGUAGAGCAAGAGGAUUCAUAAUAAAUUCAGGUUGUGCGAAUGCUGUCACAGGUAAAAAAGGUCUAGAAGAUGCUUGGUCAAUGUCAAAAUCAACUACUUCACAAUUACCUCCUUCUGAUGCGAAAGAAAGUGAUGCGGGUACAUUAGUGAUGUCAACUGGAGUCAUUGGACAACAUUUACCGAUUUCAUCUAUAUUAGAAAAGAUCCCUGGCUUGAUUCAGACCCUCGACGAUUCACCUAAAUCAUGGCUGGACUUAUCAAAAUCAUUCAUGACGACAGAUACAUUUCCCAAGUUACGAGCUAAAACGUUUAAAUUAGGCGAUAGGUUAGUUAGACUAGUUGGAAUAGAUAAAGGCGCAGGAAUGAUUGCACCUUCGAUGGGACCACCUCAACCACCUCAUGCGACUUUAUUAGGUGUUAUAGCAACUGACGCAGCUAUACAUCCAGAAGAUUUACAAAACGCUCUGAAUUAUGCUGUCGACAGAAGUUUUAACAAUAUAACAGUCGAUGGUGAUAUGUCAACAAAUGAUACUAUACUAUGUCUGGCAAAUGGCGCUGCAGGUUCAACAGAUCAUCAAGGAAGGGAAACGGCUGAAAAAAUGAAAGAAUUAACGGAAAAUGAAAAUCCUCAAGAAUUCGCUAUAUUCAAAGAACAACUGAGAGAAUUCGCAGAAGAAUUAGCUCAAUUGGUUGUUAGAGAUGGCGAAGGAGCCACUAAGUUCGUUACUAUCUGUGUCAAGAACGCACCUACCUACGAAGUAGCGAAUGCUGUUGCGAAGAGUGUAGCCAAUUCAAGCUUGUUCAAAACUGCAAUGUACGGUGAAGAUGCCAAUUGGGGUCGAAUCUUGUGUGCUGUCGGCUACACCCCUCUUUCGCCCAACCCAAUUUCUCCUACUUCAGUAUCAGUAUCCUUCCUUCCCCCAUCAUCAUCAUCCAAUACUGAGCCAUUGCGACUUUUGACCAAUGGUGAGCCAGAAGCGAACAUUGACGAAGCACGAGCUAGUGAACUUUUGAAAGAAGAAGAUUUGGAAAUUGAAAUUGAUCUGGGAGAUGGAAAGGAAGAAGCCAAGGUUUGGACUUGCGAUUUCUCACAUGAAUACGUUACCAUUAAUGGAAGUUAUCGAAGUUAA